CAAAAAAAAGGAAGACUUCAAGGAGUCGUCGCCCUGCAUUAUUGUUCCUCUUUUCUCCUCCAAGCUAUCUAUUGUUAGCCAGGCCCAGAUCCACAGCCAACAACUUCUUCAUCCUUCAUCAGAAGCUAUGGCAGCAGCUUUGGUAAGUGAUGCGUCUCGCUUCAAGGGCGAGAAUGUAGCAGAUCUCCUCCAACUCAAGGACAAACUCAAGGCUAUAACGGGUAUCGAAGGGAAGAUGGAGAAGCUCAAGGAGUCGUCUGCGAUCAUUGACGCGGUGAUCCAAGAUGUCGACUCCCGCCCUUUUAUUGAUGCUGCUGUGAAGGAGUUGGUGAAGAAGCUCAAAUACUUGGCCUACGAUCUCGAGGAUGUUGUGGAUUACUAUGACACCAAAGUCUUGCAGAAAAAGCCGAGAUCAAAAACUUCUUUUGGGCCGGUACGUGAUUUCUUCUCUUCUGAUAAUCAAGUUGUGUAUACCAGUAGGAUAAGUGGCAUGAUCCAAGCUGUAACAGAAAGUUUGGAAUCUAUUUUGCUGCAAAAGUCCAUCCUUCUCAAUUUGCCACAAGGCAAUAUCCUCGUGUCGAAACCAAGUCCCUACAGAGAGACCCACUCCCGCAAUAGCUUUGAUGUUAUAGGGAGAGAAUCAGAGAAGAAUAUGAUUGUCGACAUGUUAACAAAGGAUGAUGAUGUUGAUGAAAGCAGUCAUGGUACAUUGAAGGUCAUCACCAUUGUAGGGAUGGGUGGCCUGGGGAAGACUGCACUUGCUCAGCUUGUUUUCAAUGAUGACAGUGUAAAAGAGUAUUUUUAUCUAAGAAUGUGGAAAGUUGUUGGGACUGAAUUUGAUCCCGCAAAGAUAAUGAAGUCUGUAUUAGAACUGGCUUUUGCUGCACCGGUCAAAAUCUCAGAAAUUGAUUUAGUGAGGCAGAAGCUAGAAGCAGCAUUAUCGGGGAAGAGAUUUCUGCUCGUACUGGAUGAUGUAUGGAAUGAAAAUGUAUUAAAGUGGGGUGUACUGAAAGCAGCCUUAACCUGUAGGGCUCCCGGAAGCAAAAUUUUGAUGACAACCCGUAGCCAAAAAGUCCCUUUGAUUAUGGGCUCAUCCAAAACCACCUAUCACAUACAACAAUUGUCCCGAGAUGAUUGUCUGUCCUUGUUUUAUCAUUUUGCAUUUGAAGACGAACCAGUCGAUCAAAAGUUGAUGGAAAUUGGUGAAAAGAUUGUUGAGAAAUGUGACGGUGUGCCCUUGGCUGUCAUAUCUCUUGGUAGCAUGCUCCGUGGCACUCGAGAUAUAACUGAUUGGUCCACGGUAUUGAACUGCAGUGAAAUAUAUAUGGCAGAUCCCAGAUAAGGAACAGAAUGUGUUAGAUGUGCAGAAGUGAAGCUAUGACGCUCUUAGUAUACAGUCAAAGAAGCGUUUGUCCUCAGAUUCAGCCGGAUAUGGUUGAAAAGGCUGAGGAUGGAGACUGGGCAUGAGAUCGUAGUUACGCUGUUGCAUCUUAUGAAAUCCUUUUGUUGCUAGUAAAAUUGUUUUAGUUUUUUAUAUUCAGAGACUCUAAUGUUAGAUUUAAUUUCUCAAUUUUUGUGAGUUCUAAUUGGUUUCUUAAUUGUGGGUUUGUGUGUAUUAGGAUGUGGGUUGUAUACUUGUAUGUGUGUAAUCCAUUAACUCAUUAUCGUUAAUAUUGACAAGCUAUAUAUUAACGGGUUU